AUGGCAAGUGUACCAAAUAAAUGGCAAGCACUAAAUGGCCAAAAAGACACCGUACUCGGUGACCUGGGUGAAGCCAAUGAGGACGUGACGCAGCACGUGGUUGUGAUUGGCGCCGGCGCGCCCAAGUGGGCCUGGCUCAUGUCCCGCCUGGUGGCCUUUACAUCCGAGGGCAGCGUGCUCAUCUUCGUCACCAGGAAGGCGAACAGUGAAGAGCUGGCCAAUAACCUGAGGAAGCAGGACUUCAAACUGGAGCUGAUUCAUGGAGACAUUGAUCAGUCGGAGCGGAAUCGAAUCAUCACAGCGUUCAAGCAGAAGUCGGUGCCGAUCCUGGUUGCCACAGACGUGGCGGCCCGAGGUCUCGACAUCCCGCAUAUUCGUACAGUCGUAAACUAUGACGUGGCGCGGGAUAUUGACACGCACACGCACCGUAUCGGCCGAACAGGUCGAGCCGGCCAGAAGGGAUCGGCCUACACUCUCAUCACGACCAAGGACAAGGACUUUGCCGGCCACCUGGUGCGAAACCUGGAGGGCGCUGGCCAGGACGUGCCUGAGCAACUGAUGGAGCUGGCAAUGCAGAACGCCUGGUUCCGCAAGUCACGCUUCAAGUCAGGCGAAGGCAAGAACUUGAACGUGGGAGGUCGCGGCCUGGGCUACCGCGAGCGGCCCGGCCUGGCAGCGCCCUCAGAACCCACAGAGCCGGCCGCGGCGCCUGUGGGCGGUACGUAUGGCGCCCCGGCGGCCGAACAAGUGCACCAGGCCGGACCACCGGACAGUAACGCACCCAGCGGCCGCGGUCCGGCCAGCGAGCGGCUCUCGGCCAUGAAACAGGCCUUCAAGGCACAGUACAUGUCAACGUUCACGGCCGCGAAGGACACCUCCUGGCAAAAGACCAACUACCCCGGCUUCGUGUCGACGGGCACCGGCGGUGCGUCGGCGUCCACCGACCAGUCGUCGAUCGACGGGGAGCAGCCCAAACGACGGAAAAAGAGCCGCUGGGAGUGAGGGGCGCCGACGCUGCAGAGACGGACAGGUCCCGUGUGGAGACGGGCGGGAACGACUGAUAGUCCAGGAGGGACGGAUUUGCACAUCGGACGGGUGGGACUGUGUGGCUGGAUGGAGAAGGGAAGCGGUGCCUAGAAACGUCGGUAAGCGUGGGAGAUAGUCGCACUCCCGCGCUGCUAGCGAGCCUGACGGAAAAGAGCGUGCUCUCAGAGGGUCGAAGCGACUCCUGGGUCGAACCCGGUGAGAAGAAACCGCCCCCGGCUGGCUUCAUCCCUAAGCUACAGUUAACGGCCUGUUUAAGGCUUGGUCCGCAAUUAAUGCCCGAUAGAGGACUGAAUACGGUCACACGCUCUGCGUGCUGGACAAGUUGCCUGUCGUGUUGUGCAGACUAUUUGUAUAGUCGUGUGGGUUAAUCAACGUUCAUCGAGGCUCUGCGUGCUGUUGCUUCAGAGGUUGUCUCGUGGAUAACUUCUACACGAGCGAGACCCGCUCCCUGUAACUGGAACGCCUAGUGCGGGAGCCAAUACACAUCGCACUUCCAUCCCA